AGGAGGCGUGGCUCCGGCUCCGGGCCGGAAGCAGGAGGCUGCAGAGGCGGGCCGGCUGGCGUCCCCUUUCCGGCCGGUCCCCAUGGAGGCGCUGGGGAAGCUGAAGCAGUUCGAUGCCUACCCCAAGACUCUGGAGGACUUCCGGGUCAAGACCUGCGGGGGCGCCACGGUGACCAUCGUCAGUGGCCUUCUCAUGCUGCUACUGUUCCUGUCGGAGCUGCAGUAUUACCUCACCACUGAGGUGCAUCCUGAGCUCUACGUGGACAAGUCACGGGGAGAUAAACUGAAGAUCAACAUCGAUGUACUCUUCCCACACAUGCCUUGUGCCUAUUUGAGCAUCGAUGCCAUGGAUGUGGCUGGGGAACAGCAGCUGGAUGUGGAGCACAACCUCUUCAAGCAAAGACUAGACAAGGAUGGCAUUCCCGUGAGCUCAGAGGCUGAGCGGCAUGAGCUCGGGAAAGUUGAGAUGAUGGUGUUUGACCCGGAUUCCCUGGACCCCGAUCGCUGUGAGAGCUGCUAUGGUGCUGAGUCAGAAGACAUCAAGUGCUGUAACACCUGUGAAGAUGUGCGGGAGGCGUAUCGCCGUCGAGGCUGGGCCUUUAAGAACCCAGACACUAUUGAGCAGUGCCGGCGAGAGGGCUUCAGCCAGAAGAUGCAGGAGCAGAAGAAUGAAGGCUGCCAGGUGUAUGGCUUCUUAGAAGUCAAUAAGGUUGCCGGAAACUUCCACUUUGCCCCUGGGAAGAGCUUCCAGCAGUCCCAUGUACAUGUACAUGCUGUGGAGAUCCAUGACUUGCAGAGCUUUGGCCUUGACAACAUCAACAUGACCCACUACAUCCAGCAUCUAUCAUUCGGGCAGGACUACCCAGGCAUUGUCAACCCCCUGGACCACACCAACGUCACUGCACCCCAAGCUUCCAUGAUGUUCCAGUACUUUGUGAAGGUGGUACCCACAGUGUACAUGAAAGUAGAUGGGGAGGUGCUGAGGACAAAUCAGUUCUCUGUGACCAGACAUGAGAAGGUCGCGAAUGGGCUUCUGGGUGACCAGGGGCUCCCUGGAGUCUUCGUGCUGUACGAGCUCUCACCUAUGAUGGUGAAGCUGACAGAGAAGCACAGGUCCUUCACCCACUUCCUGACAGGCGUGUGUGCCAUCAUUGGGGGCAUGUUCACAGUGGCUGGACUCAUCGAUUCACUCAUCUACCACUCAGCCCGAGCCAUCCAGAAGAAAAUUGACCUAGGGAAGACGACGUAGUCAUUCUCUACCCAAUUGAUUAUUCCUCCCUCUUUCUCCUGUUUCUCCGGCCUGUGAUCAUAGCCGCCAGUCUCUCCCACCCACACAGCCCUCACCUAAUAUUCAUCCCCAUCCCCAGGUUGAUAAAUAUUGAUUGUGAUAGUA